AUCCCUUUGGUUGAAGUGCCAUCCCCCCCCCCCUGACUGCCUGAGUUUGCCACAAGCCCACAACGGCAAAAAGCAAGCAGAAAUGUUCCAAACUUCUGCGAGUGCCAAAGCAAAAAAAUAUGGCAAUUUUAAUUUUGUACAGAAAGACGAUUCAAGUCCUAAAUUAACGAGUGUUCAAGUUGAAGAUUCAGAUCGAAGAGGCAAUAAUUCAGGGCAUUAUGGCGCCGCGCCAAACAUUUCAAAACAACAACUUGUCAUUAUCGGAGUGUCACUGGAUCACUUGUCUCGAAGUACACAGUUAUUUAUUUGCUGUACUGGGGUGUUCGCUUUUUAUUUAGUCUAUGGUUAUUUACAGGUAGGUCUAUCUUUUUACUGCAUGUGAUACACGCGUAGAAAUCUCACAUCUUGUAGCAAGUCUGCUAAGUCUGCCCUCAACAAGCUGUGUUCGCACUUGACCCACUGAAGUUGUCAACAAGUUUGGAACAAACUGUUAACAACUUGUAACAACCUUGUUGAUAUUAUCAGACUUGUUGCAAGGUUGUUCCAACAAGUCCGAUACAGUCAUAUAUUGUUACAACCUUGUGUUGUUAACUCUGUAACAUUCUUGUUGUAUCAUGACUGCAUGGAUAUCAGACUUGAACAACCUUGUAGAAAGUCUUAUUCCCUGAUACACCUACUUUAUUGUUUUACUCUGUCUAACACCAGACAAUUUUACACUCGUCAAGAGAAGAGUGUUGCCACUCAAUGAUUAAUGCCUUCUUUGAUGUUUUCAGGAAUUGAUAUUUAGCUUCGAAGGUAUUCAGCCGUUUGGUUGGUAUCUGACUUUAAUUCAAUUUGCAUGUUAUGGAAUUUUUGGAAUUAUCGAAAGCAACUGGAGGAGGGAAUUUAAUAGAAGGUCAGUGAUUACAUGUUUCACGUAGUUGCAUCAUCCAAAGUUAGCAAGAUUUUUGUCUAUUCAUUUAUGACCUCUAGGAUUCCCCUGCAAACGUAUGCACUAUUGGCAUUUCUGACUGUAUCAACCAUGGGACUUUCAAAUACAUCGUUGGGAUACCUUAAUUAUCCAAUGCAAGUGAGUCAGUUGGUGUGAAUGGUCUAUUAAUUAGCAGUUAAUUAUUAUACUAAAAAAUUAAUACAUUUUUUAAUAAUUACUCUAUUUUUAAUGUCUACUGUUCAAUGAUCAGUUAUUAUAAUAAUAAUAAUUAACGAGUGGUCUAACAUUAAUUAGCAAAUAUUAGUAUUAUGUAAUUAAUUAAUGAUAAAAAUUAUUUUAUUAAUUCUAUUUUUAAUUAAUUAUUAUUAGUAAUAAUUAAUAAUAAUUUUCUCUAAUUGUUCUAACUGUAUAUUUUGUGUAGGUCAUAUUCAAAUGUUGUAAACUUAUUCCAGUCAUGAUAGGUGGAGUUUUGAUACAAGGUAUUUUAGGCGUAAAAAGAAACCUGUGGUUCCGGUUUCAUAUCGCGAAAAAAAUUUUCAUGGUUUUUUCAAUAAUUAGCUAUAGUGUGACAACAGACGCCAUUUUGGCAACAGCCCACAAUGACCCGGAGAAAAUAGGGUCGCACGGUCAAUCGCGUUGAAAAAAUAAUAGGGUCGGCAGAAAAAAGUAGGGUCAGUAAAAAAAUAGGGUCGGUCGGGAACCGGAACCACAGGUAUUUUUUUUACGCCUUAAAUUGAAGUUGGUAGGGGCAGGAUACUGACACCUAGUGGGAAUUAAUCUGAGCACUGCAUUAUUGGUUUGAAACUGCCACUGUUUAGUGCCCUCCAUGUCAUCCAGUCACUCUUGUUUUGAAUUAUUUGUACAAUAUAUUUUACAAGAUGUAUUUUUCAUAAAUGCUUUUCAGGGAAAAGAUACAGUAUUGUGGAUGUAGCAGCUUGUGUAUUGAUGAGUAUUGGUUUAAUUUUGUUCACAUUGGCUGACAGUGAAAUUUCUCCAAAAUUUGAUCAAACCGGUUAGUUGUAAAAAAAUAUAACAUUUUUAAUUAUAGCAUUGGAAAAAACAACCCAAUCAAAGACAUCUGUUUCCUUUCCAGUUUACAUGAUAUUUCAUAUACUAAAAAGGAAAAAUCUCUAAAACCUGUAAUACUAAAACUACAAUGGCAAAGCAGCUAAAAUUACUGCUUAUGUGUGGGAUAUAACCCUUGUUGAACAGACUAUGAACUUGGCAAGUGUUUGACAGUGUGUACAGGCAUUUUUUGUUGGAAUACGAGGUUUUAUUGUGCAUCUAAUUAAUGUUUUUUUAGUUAAUCACGUCAUAUAUAUAUCAUAUUGUUUCUUUAGUGGUUUGUUUUUAUCCUGCUACACUCUUGACUUUAUUUUGACACAAAGUGUUUUUAUCACAUAUGUUGAUUCAAUGCAAAGUUUAGGCAUGAAGAUGGAAAUAAAUCUGGAACAAAAUUACUAGGGCCUGUUAACAAAUAUAUUGUCACAGAGCAAUGUAUUACAUUUAAGCACCAUGCCAGUGGUAUAGCCAGGGGGAGUGGCAAAAGGACUGCCCUUGUGAAAAAUGGAAAACUGGGCAGGAAUUGGGGAGGGGGCAGAGGCGGUACAAUGUGUGAAUAAUGAUACCCAUCUCUUUUGGUUAUCAAUAGAGUCCUGACUCCAGUAAAAAAUGCCUAUGGUGGUUGAAGGAACAUUUUUUGAACUUGAAUUUAUGCACUUAACAGCAGUCAUAAUCGAGCGACUUCAGAGUUCAAAUAUUACAGCCAAGUGUCUAGUGAGCUUUUUAUUACAAUAUAAUUUCCACUUCAAAAACGAAGUUGCUGUUGUAUUUGUCUGUACAGUACAAUGUGUUACAAAAAUAUUUUUUCGAUAUAACAACAUCAGGCGACUUAAAAAUGGCUUUUUGUGGUAGUAAAUUUUCUUCAAUCCUCGUCCUAAAAUACGUGAAAUAGCGUUAUAAGAAAAAUCUAAAAAUUCAUAAUUUUCCCAACCCUCAUAGAUUCCUUGCGUCUUUGGCGCUCCCAUUCGAAAUGCCAUAACAAAUCCCCCCAAAUUUAAUAAUAUCGCUAACGUAUUUAACAUUGCAAAUGCAAUGUCAUAAUAUGAAAAAUUUCGGUUAAAUAUUCAGUUAAAUUUUCAGUUAAGCAUUAGCGAUCGCUUUUACGCGUUUUACUAAAACAGAAAUUAUUCGACAAAAGCUGUGUUUUAGAAAAAACCCGCAAAUUAAGGCAUUUCGACCCACGACUUUUACCCACGACACACAACUUUUUACCCACAAUGCACCAACCGACAAAACACAGGUGAACAAAACGUUUACGAAUUAGUAAUUAUUGUAUUGACACAUUCCCGCAGUCAAGGUUCUACGUCACAUUACAAGCGAUAUUAUCAGACUAAAUAAAACUGGAAAUACAGUAAAACCUUCAAUUACAGUAUUUUAAACUACAUUUUAAAUGUUAAAAAACAAUAUAGGUUGCCAAAUAUAUACAGACUUGGAUGUGGCCAUAGAGGCGUUCAAUGUUCCAUUAAAGUGGUAGUGGUCGCAUUGCAGCUCCGUCACUUCUUGGUGUAUUGCUCAGUAACCUCAGUUGGUUGUGGCAGACGGAACAGGUUUCAGAUCUUUCGUUGCUCAGCCUCAGUUGUGCAACUUGUGAUUUUAAGUUGCUAACUUGUUCUCGUAGACGAGUAAUCUCUUCCACUUCUUCUCGCCGAGUAUCGUUGUUUCUCUUUACGAUAUGAAAUUCACACUCAUUUGGAGUUAGCUUAAUAUCCACAUAUUCGGCCAUAAUUUUCUUGAGUGCGAUAAAGAGCUGCAAAAAAAUUAUCCUGUCGUCAAUACUUUAAUUGGUGUAAAGGGUAUAACUAUGAAGUCUGCUUACCUUGUUACCUUUGAAUAUCAGUGCAUGUUGAGACUGUUUUGGCGAAGAUUAUCCUGACACGAGUUCAUAUACAUGCAGGUUCGCAGACGCAAUGCCCAUAGUCAACGACGAUUGGUUGAACCGAAUUUUCAGUCAACUUGAUUGGAUAAUGAAUAAUCACAUGCAUAAGUAAUAGCAAGUGCAGGGGAAACCCCCCGCAUGUUUCAACAGACGAACGACUUUUGUAGCGACAGCCUUCCUUUUCUUAACUUUCCUGCGUAGCGUUUCCUAGGAUACGCUUCUGACGAGCCACGAGUGGGAUGUAUGAAUUAUGAAUAAGGUAUUAUUUAUUCUAUUUUUAGGGAUCAUUUUAAUCACGUUGGCUUUAUGUGCAGACGCGAUGAUUGGAAAUGUUCAAGAAAAAGCGAUGAAAACUUACUCUAGUACCAACACAGAAGUGGUAAGAUAGCGACGAUAACAGAGACAGCGAGGGAUUGAGAGGGGUACAACUCCUUCACUUGAAAAAUACAAGCCGAAUUUCGUCGUUUCGAGCGAAGACCUUUUGUCAGAAAGUUAAACUGAGGUUUCAUACUAGUGUUUAUACUUCGCUCAAGCGUGAAAUAGGACGAAAGUAUGAAAUAGGACAAAAGCGUAAAAUAGGAUAAAGCGUAACAACACGACAAAGGUAUCUAAGCAUUAAAUUAUGUAGAAGUUAUAGUUCACUCCGGUUCACUCAUGCUUCUGUAAACCAGGGCCGGCAGCAGGGGCCAGUUGUUCAAAGCUGGAUUAGCUUAACUCUAGUUUCAUAUUAUUCUGACACUGCAAUCGAGCAAGGAAAAAUUCGUUGGCUCGAGCAGGAUUCGAACUCGCAUCUUCGAGUAUCUAGACCGCCGCUCUACCCAUUGAGCUAUCGAGUCAACGGGGAUUGGUAGCGAGUCUUAUCCAAUUUAAGUGCACGAAAUAUUUUCGUGACGACUUAAGUUAGGCCCGUUUCAUACGUCGCACUAUCGUCGAAUUUAAUUCAGACGAAUUUAAUUGAACGAAUUAAAUGCGACGUUAGUGCGUCGUAUGAAACGAAUUAAAUCCGUCUGAUGAAUUAAAUUCGUCCAAGACGUUGUAUCCGUCGGCCUGUUUCAUACGUCGAAUUUAAUUCAGACGAAUUUAAUUCGUUAUUAAAUUCGUCAAUUGGUCGACACUAAAAUGGUUUCGUUUAAUUCAGACGAAUUCAUUUCAUGUUUAGCGAUCAUGGAUUACCCAGAAGUAAAAAACCACGAGACCAGAAAGAGAGAAACAGACUUUAACAUAAUUUAUGCAUUUAAUUCGACACGACGAUAACGACGCGCUACAGACGUUGUAUCCGUCUGACCAUGACGGAUACAACGUCUUGGACGAAUUUAAUUCAUCAGACGGAUUUAAUUCGUUUCAUACGACGCACUAACGUCGUUCAAUUAAAUUCGUCUGAAUUAAAUUCGACGAUAGUGCGCUUACGUUAGUGCGUCGUAUGAAACGAAUUAAAUCCGUCUGAUGAAUUAAAUUCGUCCAAGACGUUGUAUCCGUCAUGGUCAGACGGAUACAACGUCUGUAGCGCGUCGUUAUCGUCGUGUCGAAUUAAAUGCAUAAAUUAUGUUAAAGUCUGUUUCUCUCUUUCUGGUCUCGUGGUUUUUUACUUCUGGGUAAUCCAUGAUCGCUAAACAUGAAAUGAAUUCGUCUGAAUUAAAUUCGUCGUUUGAAAGUGUCGACCACUUGACGAAUUUAAUAACGAAUUAAAUUCGUCUGAAUUAAAUUCGACGUAUGAAACAGGCCUAAGUCUUAACGCUUGUCUUAGAGAACGCGCAGUGUUUCAAUUCUAUUUCAGAACCAUCCUCAGAGAUACGAAAAACUAGUUUCAUAUUAUUCUGACAUUGCAGUGUCAGAAUGAGUUAGGCCUGUUUCAUACGUCGAAUUUAAUUCAGACGAAUUUAAUUCGUUAUUAAAUUCAAUUGGUCGACACUAAAAUGGUUUAGUGUCAGAAUGAGUUAGGCCAGGUUUCAUACGUCGAAUUUAAUUCAGACGAAUUUAAUUCGUUAUUAAAUUCAAUUGGUCGACACUAAAAUGGUUUCGUUUCAAACGACGAAUUUAAUUCAGACGAAUUCAUUUCAUGUCUAGCGAUCAUGGAUUACCCAGAAGUAAAAAUUUCAUGUCUAGCGAUCAUGGAUUACCCAGAAGUAAAAACCACAAGACCAGAAGGAGAGAAACAGACUUUAACAUAAUUUAUGCAUUUAAUUCGACACGACGAUAACGACGCGCUACAGACGUUGUAUCCGUCUGACCAUGACGGAUAAAACGUCUUGGACGAAUUUAAUUCAUCAGACGAAUUUAAUUCGUUUCAUACGAUGCACUACCGUCGCAUUUAAUUCGUUCAAUUAAAUUCGUCUGAAUUAAAUUCGACGAUAGCGCGACGUAUGAAACGGGCCUAACAUAAUUUAUGCAUUUAAUUCGACACGACGAUAACACGUCGUAUGAAACGAAGACGCGCUACAGACGUUGUAUCCGUCUGACCAUGACGGAUACAACGUCUUGGACGAAUUUAAUUCAUCAGACGGAUUUAAUUCGUUUCAUACGACGCACUAACGUCGCAUUUAAUUGGUUCAAUUAAAUUCGUCUGAAUUAAAUUCGACGAUAGUGCGACGUAUGAAACGGGCCUUAGUUUCCUUCAAUCCGUCUAACGGUCUAUCUAUUAAUGGUUGCUGCUUUAUAGUUACAUUAUGAGUUGACUUCCAGAGAACAAUGUUUUUAAUUUUGCUCGCACAUUUAUAGAUAUUAUUUUCCUAUGGUAUUGGUUUUUUCUAUAUACUGGCUGGAUUAGGAAUCUCUGGUGGUUUGCGAGAACCAUUUGAGUAUUGCGCUCAAGUAAGUUGAAUUGAACUCACUGAUUCGCUACUUUUCUUUGAUGUCUGUGCUGUCUUUCUAAAUUCAAUAUUUUUUCCAGCAUCCGUCAAGUACGUAUGGCCUGGCUGUGAUAUUUUCUCUUACUGGUUAUCUUGGGAUUGCAUUUGUUUUGUCUCUGGUCAAAUGUUUUGGAGCUCUGCUCGCUGUCACAGGUAUACUACAACAACACAAUUUCCCAUUUCCACUCAGGAAAAUUUUCCGCAGAAAGAAAAAUGUGUAAAAUGUGAUUGGCGGACACAAAUUUUCAACUUUUAACAAGGAUAUUUACGUUGAAAAUUUUCAACUUUUAGCAAUGAUAUUUUCGUUGAAAAUUUUCAACUGUUAAUUAAUUAACAAUGAUAUUUUCGUUGAAAAUUUUCAACUGUUAACAAUGAUAUUUUUGGAAAAUUUUCUUGCCAUGGAAAUUUUUCUUGAGUGGAAAUGGGUCCUUAAGCCCGCCGCCCGAGCUAUCAGCUUAGCAAAGUUUCACUCGUGACUGUUGGCGUAAUUAAUUAAAGCCGGUUUUCCAGUAGGCGGAGUUUUGCACGCGGAGCGGAAUUUCUCUUUGUCUUUUUUCCACCCGAGAAAUCACAAGACAAAGAAAAAUUCCGCUCCGCGCGCAAAAUUCCGCCUAAUGAAAAGUGGGUUAUUAAGCCAUUGCUUAAGAAAGAGUGCGGUGGCGUUUUGAGCAUUAUUCCGAUAUUCAACAUGUUGAAUAAUUUUAUGCACGAGUGGACAUUUCCUGCAAGUGUGUGCGCGUGCAAAGCUAUCAACUUACAAUAAGAGGCAAUUCCUGCUGUGUUCCAAGCGCAACCAAGGCACACUGUGGAACGAUAAAACAAUUUGAACGCAAAAGAGCGUGUUCCCCACCUUCAGUAAAAGCUCGAUCGAAAGGGUUGCAUGCUGUUUGCAGUAAAACAACAACCGAUGAUGACUUCUAAAUAUUAUAUUUUUAUAUUCUAGUCACCACAUGUCGAAAAGCCAUAACUAUUGUCUUGUCUUUCAUGUUUUUUACCAAGCCAUUUACAUUUCGGUAAGUUGAUUAUUAAUUCAGAAUUACAUCACAGGUUGUGGUUAAUGAUUGAUAAAAAAUGUUUGAUAAAAAUAUUAGUUUAAUUUUAAUACUGUUCAAGUAAAUGCAACACACAGUCACACACGUCUGUUUUGAAGCACCAAAUCUGGGGUGUUUCAAAGUCACUAUAGAAAAAUGUUCUGUGAUUGAUUUAUUCUAAAAAUAAAAAACAAAAAUAGAAGAACGAUUCACAGACGAACAUAGUAUUUUAUUAAAAGAACGAGUUACUACGCCCCUGCUACUAAAUCAAUGAUAAUGGAACAAUCUUCCUUAUAUGAGGCAAUAACCACUGCAUCCAUAAGCUCCUUUAAAACGUUUCUGAAACCGACGAUGAGUUGAAGCUCGUUUAUCCUCUAUCUUGUGUCAUGUAGACAGUAUACCCUUUGUAAUGUUCCUAUCAUGUUUUGUUUUGUAAAUCUGCAUUCCACGUCCUUCAUGGAAACCUGAUGAUAAUCAGCUCAUUUCUGUUAACUAGAUAUGUUUGGUCAGGUGCCAUUGUUCUCCUUGGUAUUGCCUUGAAUGUGUACAGUAAAAAUAAAGAUAAAACGGACGCCAUGUGUUGGCGAUUUUGGAUGAGGAUGUCAAGAAGAAAGCCAGCUCUUUCGCAAGAAAUAUGA